AUGGACUUUACGUCUCACAAGGUUUAUACUACAGCGCAGAAACUGUCUCGGGUGUAUACCGAAUGGAUGACAGCUGACCAUGCUUGGGAAAUGCAGCACGUCAUCGACACCUCCACCCUUGAGAUCCCCCGUGUGCGUUUUGUUGAUGCCGGUGUUGCCUUGGGGUAUAGCCAGCACAAUACCGGCUGGAAACAGGAGACACAAAGGCAGGAACAGUUUCGGCUGUUAUCUUCUCAAAGAGCACAUUUUAUUGAUGAUAACGAGGUGGUGUUUACCAAGUUCAUUCACAACAUGGACUGUGUGCCCUCUCUUGAUGAAGAUGAAUAUGGUUACGAUCUAGCUGUUUUCCUUGCGUUCACGUAA